AAGAGUUAAUUCAUCGUUCAACCCAUCAGUUGUACCUCAACCUACAGAUGCAACGUACACCUCCAUCUCCGCCUAUCUCCACCUACUGAUGCAAUCUUCCUAUACGUGAAGCUAACUGCUCCAAAGAACGUCAAGACGGGUGAGAGAGAGCAUGGAAUCAUCGGCAGGUCGUUUUCUAAGGGAUACAUCUGUAGUUGUUGUCACAUUGGACUCGAGUGAAGUAUAUAUUAUCAUCAGUUUGUCUACCAGGACUGAUACUCAGGUUAUCUAUAUUGAUCCGACAACUGGGGCUCUUCGCUAUACUGCAAAGCAGGGUUAUGAUGUUUUUAGGACCCAAAAUGAAGCAUUAGAUUACAUCACAAAUGGUUCAAAAUUGCUUUGUAAGAGCGUAACACACGCACGAGCUUUAUUAGGUUAUGCAGCCCUUGGUAGCUUUGCUCUACUGUUGGUAGCAACGAGAUUGACUGCCAGCAUACCGAAUUUGCCUGGUGGAGGUUGUGUUUAUACUGUAACUGAGAGCCAGUGGAUUAAAAUUUCACUUCAGAAUCCUCAAGUACAGAGUAAAACUGAAAAUAAGAAUAUUCAAGAACUGACUGAGCUUGACAUUGAUGGGAAACAUUACUUCUGUGAAACUAGGGAUAUAACUCGACCUUUCCCAAGUCGUAUGCCCGUUCAGAAUCCUGAUGAUGAAUUUGUGUGGAAUAAAUGGUUCUCAAUGCCUUUCGAAAACAUUGGGCUUCCGCAGCAUUGCGUCAUUCUUCUGCAGGGGUUUGCAGACUGUAAGAAUUUUGGUAGCCUUGGGCAGCAGGAGGGGGUUGUUGCACUCACUGCACGUCGUAGUAGGUUGCACCCUGGAACUCGGUACUUAGCAAGGGGCUUAAACUCAUGUUAUAGCACCGGUAAUGAGGUUGAGUGUGAACAACUUGUUUGGAUUCCCAAAAAGGCUGGUCAAAGUGUUCCUUUCAACACUUAUAUUUGGCGUAGAGGCACCAUUCCUAUCUGGUGGGGUGCUGAAUUAAAACUUACUGCUGCAGAAGCGGAAAUAUAUGUAUCAGAUCGCGAUCCUUAUAAAGGAAGUGCGCAGUACUAUCAAAGGCUGUCGCAAAGAUAUGAUUCACGAAAUCUAGGUACAGCUUCUGGCGGGAAUCAGAAAAAAAGUGCUCUGGUUCCAAUUGUGUGCGUCAACUUACUAAGGAGUGGAGAAGGGAAAUCAGAAUCUAUUUUAGUUCAGCAUUUUGAAGAAUCGCUAAACUAUAUUCGUUCCAUUGGGAAACUUCCUUAUACUCGGAUUCACUUGAUAAACUAUGAUUGGCAUGCUAGUGUAAAAUUGAAGGGAGAACAGCAAACAAUUGAAGGACUUUGGUAUCUUCUAAAGGCACCCACAAUUUCUAUUGGCAUUUCUGAGGGGGAUUAUUUGCCCUCUCGUCAAAGGAUUAACAAUUGCAAAGGUGAAGUAAUCUAUAAUGACGACUAUGAUGGUGCCUUCUGCUUAAGAUCACAUCAAAAUGGAGUAAUACGUUUCAAUUGUGCGGAUUCUUUGGAUAGAACAAAUGCUGCUAGUUUCUUUGGUGCACUUCAGGUAUUUACGGAGCAAUGCAGACGGUUAGGCAUAUCACUUGAUAGUGAUUUGGCAUAUGGUUAUCAAUCACCUGGUAACUAUGCUGGAUAUGUGGCCCCAUUGCCUCCUGGCUGGGAGAAACGGUCUGAUGCUGUGACUGGGAAAACAUAUUAUAUUGAUCACAACACGAGGACUACAACCUGGAAUCAUCCUUGUCCAGAUAAACCUUGGAAAAGGUUCGACAUGACCUUCGAAGAGUUUAAGAGAUCAACUAUAUUGUCGCCUGUUUCUCAAUUAGCUGAUCUUUUCUUAGUUGCUGGUGACAUUCAUGCGACGUUGUAUACGGGUUCCAAGGCUAUGCACAGUCAAAUUCUUAGCAUCUUCAGUGAGGAAGCAGGCAAGUUUAAACAGUUCUCAGCAGCACAGAAUAUGAAAAUCACACUACAGAGAAGAUAUAAGAAUGCAGUUGUAGAUAGCUCCCGCCAGAAGCAAUUAGAGAUUUUUCUGGGGCUACGGCUCUUCAAGCAUUUUCCAUCAGUCAUGUUCCAUCCCUUACAUGUACCUUCUCGCCCAUUUGGAUGCUUUUUGAAGCCAGUUCCAAGCAUGUUUUCAUCUUCUGAUGGCGGAGCUAGUCUCCUGAGUUUCAAAAGAAAAGACCUUAUAUGGGUUUCUGCGCAGGCCGCAGAUGUGGUUGAACUCUUUAUCUAUCUUGGGGAGCCUUGCCAUGUUUGUCAGCUUCUUCUGACUGUUGCUCAUGGUGCUGAUGAUACUACUUUUCCAUCAACAGUUGAUGUGAGGACCGGACGCUAUCUGGAUGGACUCAAACUUGUUCUUGAGGGAGCUUCUAUACCUCAAUGUGCAAAUGGGACCAACAUUCUGAUACCGUUAACAGGACCUACCAGUCCAGAAGACAUGGCCGUCACUGGGGCUGGUGCACGUUUGCAUGCCCAAGAAACCUCUAGCCCUUCCAUGUUAUACGAUUUUGAAGAACUGGAAGGAGAACUGGAUUUUCUUACUCGAGUUGUUGCGCUAACCUUUUAUCCUGCCAUACCUGGAAGAGGCCCAAUGACACUUGGUGAGGUAGAGAUCCUUGGAGUUUCUCUUCCAUGGAGGUCAAUUUUUUCCCGUGAAGAAAAUGGUGCUAGGUUUGUUGAACGCAUCAAUAGUCACCAAAAGGAAACCAGUCCAUUUCUUUCUGAAACAGAUACCAAUGCUUUUGCUUCUAAUUUAACAAAUGACAGAAGGGCUCCAUCGGUUCAAUCAGAAUCAUCAGCCAACUCAUUUGUAGACCUUUUGACUGGAGAACUAAGAUUUUCAGACUCCAUAUCUGAACCACAUACAGAAGCUGUUGUUAACAAGGGGAGUGACUUACUCGACUUCUUGGAUGACGCUAUCGCUCAGCCAGUUUCCGAUGGAAGUGACCACUCCAAGAUAGUCUCAUCUCAAGGACAUUCGGAUAAUGGAUCUCAACAAUAUAUUACAUCAUUCAAACACCUUGCAGGACCUCACUGGCAGGAAAGAAGAUUAGAUUUCAUGGAAGCUGUGAAGCUUGAAAUAGAACGUCUUCGGCUGAAUCUUUCUGCUGCUGACAGGGAUAGGGCCCUCUUGUCAUUAGGCGUAGAUCCUGCCAGUAUAAACCCAAAUUUGUUGCUUGAGGAUUCAUACAUGGGAAGCUUAUACAGGGUGGCAAGCACCCUGGCCUUGCUAGGGCAGGCUUCAUUAGAAGAUAAAGUUACUUCUUCAAUUGGGCUUGGACUAUCUGAUGAAAGUUCUGUUGAUUUCUGGAAUGUUACUGAAAUCGGAAAGAAGUGUUCAGGUGCUGCAUGCCAAGUUCGUGCUGAGACUGGGCCAGCUGCUGGUGCAUCCUUGACUUCAUCAUCUUCCCCGGCUUCAGAAUCCAUUUUCGUCUGUUCUGAAUGCGGAAGAAGGGUUUGCAAAGUUUGUUCUGCAGGGAAAGGAGCUCUAUUGCUUGCAUCCUAUAAUACAAAGGUGAAUUCAAGCUACAAUGGUGUAACUAGCCAGGGAGGAUCUGCCCAUGGAUAUUCAGCUGAUGCAUCUUCAAAUCGCUCGCCGACACUUGAUGGGAUUAUCUGUAAACUAUGCUGUGAUGAAGUUGUCCUUGAUGCAUUGAUGUUGGACUACAUCAGGGUCUUGAUUAGUCAAAGAAGAAGAAAUCGGGUGGAUUAUGCUGCACAGAAAGCCCUCAACAAUGUGUUUGGAUUGUCGUCAAGAAACUUGAUUCCGGAAAGAGAUGACUUUCUAAGCAGUGAAGGAGCUUCUAAGAUCUUAGAGAAGUUAACAGAUGGGGAGGAAUCACUUGCAGAGUUUCCAUUUGCCAGCUUUCUACACCCGGUUGAGACAGCAGCUGGUUCGGCGCCCUUAUUGUCGUUGGUUACUCCUUUCAAUUGUGGAUCAGAAGAGUCAUAUUGGAGAGCUCCCCCUAGUGUUUCUUCAGUGGAGUUUGUCAUUGUCCUCGGCGAUAUUUCUGAUGUCUCUGGUGUUGUCCUUCUGGUUAGUCCAUGUGGCUAUUCAAUGUCCGAUGCUCCUACUGUACAAAUUUGGGCUAGCAAUAAAAUAGACAAGGAAGAAAGAUCAUGUACAGGGAAAUGGGAUAUGCAGUCUCUGAUAACGUCUUCGUCCGAGCUUUGUGGCCCAGAGAAGUCACUUAAAGAUGUUAAAGUACCUAGACAUGUAAAAUUUGCCUUCAGGAAUCCUGUCCGAUGCCGUAUAAUUUGGAUCACCUUGCGUCUUCCACGACUUGUGUCUAAUUCUGUCAAUUUUGAAAGAGACUUUCAUCUGUUGUCUCUGGAUGAAAAUCCUUUCGCGCAACCCACCCGGCGUGCCUCUAUUGGUGGAGAAUUUGAUAGCGAACCAUGCAUUCAUGCUAAAAGAGUUCUGGUUGUUGGGAGAACUGUGAGAAAUGAAAUAGGGGUGUCGACACAAGUUUCUGACCACAUAAAUGUAAGAAACUGGUUGGAGAGAGCUCCUCAGUUGAACAGAUUCAAGGUUCCAAUUGAGGUUGAAAGGUUAAUUGACAAUGAUCUUGUUCUCGAGCAAUUUUUGUCCCCAGCUUCACCUAUGCUGGCUGGAUUCCGUCUGGAUGGUUUCAGUGCAAUAAAACAACGAGUUAAUCAUUCACCUUCAUCAGAUAUAGAUAUUGGGGCUACGAACUGUCUUCUAGAAGAGAGGCUGACAUCUCCCGCUGUGUUGUAUAUUCAAGUUUCUGCUCUUCAGGAGUCCCAUAACAUGGUCACUGUCGCUGAGUAUCGCCUACCAGAAGUCAAGCCUGGAACGCCCAUGUACUUUGAUUUCCCUCGACAAAUAAACACUCGUCGUGUAACAUUCCGGCUGCUGGGAGACAUUGCCGCAUUCUCGGAUGACCCAGCAGAACAAGAUGAUUCAGAAUAUCGAACCCAUCCAUGGGCUGCAGGUUUGUCUUUGGCAAACAGAAUUAAGUUGUACUAUUACGCCGACCCCUACGAACUGGGCAAAUGGGCCAGUCUUUCGGCUGUUUGAUCAGAUGCAUGAAACUUCUCUGAUGCAUCGAUUAUUGAAUGAUUGCUUACGGUCUAUUAUCUACCUUUGGUUAUUCAAACAUAACGUUGAUGAUGAUGCUGCCGUUCUUUUGUAAAUUAGGAACUUAUGAUUCUCUUGGUUGUGUUCUUGAGUUGUGUAUGUAAUUGUUGAUGUAACACUGUAAACGACCAAAUGCGCGUCGUUCUUUUGGUUCGAGUUCUGCCUGCAUUUUACUUGGCGGUCUCGUACCAAUGGAAUAGGACGCUACGAGGGCUUUCGAUUCCGUGUCUUGCUGCUCUCUAUUUUUUUAGGCAUUUCUCCUCUUUGCAACGUUGAGUUACUGGUCUAUAUCUUACUUUCAACAUUUGAAAUUUGCAUGGGUGGUCAUAUUUUGGCAUGCAGAAAUAGAAAACUGAUAAAUUUGGUU